AUGUUAAGAACCACCACAUCUAAACAAGUAGCAAGGGGUGUCACCAGAUCAAUUAGGACUGUCUAUACUUCUGUCUUGGAACAAGAUAUCAACAUCACCAAGAAUGGUAAGGUAAAUAUCUCAGUAGGUCCAGGUGGUCGUUCUUCCAGAAAUGGAUAUGUUGCCACUGUCUUUGGUGCUACUGGGUUCUUAGGUCGUUAUGUUACAUCAAAAUUGGCCAGACAUGGAACCAUCACCAUGGUUCCUUUCCGUGAUGCUGAAAAGAAGAAAUUUUUAAAAGUAACCGGUGAUUUAGGUGUAGUUAAUUUUGUUGAAAUUGAUGCCCGUAAUUUACAAUCAAUUCAAGAUUCAGUUGCUCAUUCAGACAUUGUUAUUAAUUGUAUUGGGACCGAUUAUAGUACCAAAAACUUCUCGAUGGCUGAUAUCAACAUUGGUCUUGCCGAACGUAUCACUCAAGCCGUUAAGGAUGCAAAUGUCCCUAGAUAUAUCCAUGUUUCAUCCUAUAAUGCCAACCCUCGUUCCGAAUCAGUUUUUUAUGCCACCAAGGGGAUAGGUGAAGAAGUUGUCCGUAAUGUUCUUCCUUCAACCACUAUUGUUAGACCUUCACAAAUGUAUGGCCGUGAAGAUAGACUUUUGAAUUAUUUAGGUCCAAAGAUUAAAAUGUGGACUCCAAAUCGUAAUGCCAAACUUAUUCGUCCUGUACAUGUCUUGGAUGUUGCUAAAGCUAUUGAACAUAUUGCAUUUGAUGACAGUACCGCGGGCCAAACUUAUGAACUUUAUGGACCUCAAGAACUUUCAUAUAGAGAAAUUAGACAAAUGAUUCAUGGCAUAACUGAAGAUUACACCCAAGCUGGUCCAAUCCCUUAUGAAUUUGGUGAUUAUGAAUUGCCAUUACCUUUCUUGAAGUUUAUAGCUGAUUUGAAGUGGAAAUAUACUUAUUUCAAAACCACCAAUAGUGACCAGAUUCAAAGACAUUUGAUUGAUCAAGUGGUUGAUCCAAAUGCAAAGACUUUUAAGGAUUUAGGAUUGAAAGACGAGGAUUUGACCGUAUUGGCAGAUGUCUUGUUUACUUAUGCUAAGGAUUGGAGACAUCCUUUGAUUGCUCAACGAGGAGCUCCAAGUUCAAAGGAAAUUGAAAGAUUAAGAGAAAUUGAACAUUUUACUCAUUAA